UUUUUUUUUUUUGUCAACUGCUCAUUUUACUAUUUAUUCUUCUUCUUUCGUGACUUCUACACACACAUUGUUUUUUAGUUUCUUUAAUUAUCAUUGCUUUCUUACAACUUCUGUUUUCACAAUCUCUAUGUCUCCGAGCGAUAACAGUUAUACUACGAUGGCUACCAAUGAAUCUCAGAGAACUGCUCCGACGCCGUUUCUCACCAAGACUUUUAACCUCGUCGAAGACCCUUCUACCAACGACGUUAUAUCAUGGAACGAAGAUGGUUCCUCCUUCGUCGUAUGGAACCAAACAGACUUCGCUAAGGACUUGCUUCCGAAACACUUCAAACACAACAACUUCUCCAGCUUUGUCCGCCAGCUCAACACUUACGGAUUCAAAAAAGUUGUACCGGACCGGUGGGAGUUCUCUAACGAGUUUUUCAGGAGAGGAGAGAAACGUCUCCUCCGCGACAUCCAGCGUCGGAAACUAACAACUCAAGCAGCUGUUUCUCCGCCGCGGUCUCAAGUAGUUGCCGCGGUUCAGACAGCGAAAACGGUUGUGUCUCCGUCUAGUUCAGGUGAAGAACAGGCCAUGUCUCCGUCGUCGUCGUCGACCGGAAACGGUGGUUUGUCUACCGAGCUGUUGGAGGAGAACGAGAGGCUUCGGAGUGAGAACAUCCAGCUUAGCCGUGAGCUUGCGCAGAUGAAGUCUCUCUACGGUAACAUCUUUGGACUCAUGUCCAACUACGCCGGAGCUAGUAGCAGUCACGAGAUGAUGACGGAGAUUGAGGAAGAAGCGAGCCCGAGGCUGUUUGGUGUUUCGAUAGGACUGAAACGGACCAGAAGCGAAGGAGGUCAUGUGCAGACGGUUUCUACGGUGGCGGCGGAGGAGACGCCGUGGCUGAGGCACUAUAAUCUAGCCAAUCAGAGAGUCUGUAAUUAACGGCUCAGAUUAUGUUUUUAAGAUGUGUACGCGAAGUAGAUGUUUAUUACAGCUUUCAGACAGUUUGCACGUGUCACAUAUGGUUUCUAGAAGUUUCAUCAAUCUUGACUUCUUCUCGAACUAUAAAUGCUUCUUUUCAGUUUUCUUCUUUCAAUAGAUUUUUCUGUACUUUUUCUUUUUGACUAUUUUUUUUCUUUUCUCAAAACAACUAAAAAUUGAUGAAAUUUGAAUUUGGAACAAGUAUAUUCUCCAUAUUCGAUAAUUAAUUUAGUCAGACCAGUAUAA